AAAUAAUAUACACAUAUAUUACAAUUAUCAAUGCUAAGCUGCUUAUGGACAAAGACUCAAAUAACUCUGAGAUAGACUGUUGACAAAAGUUAGAAGUGUGUAAAUUACCAUAAAACUUAUCACGGAAAUUUGCGAUAGUCCUGGGGUCAUCGAACAUUUUUAACAUUAGCACGCAGUUGUUGAAUAUGGUUAUUUUUUAGCUUGUUGCCUCUAGAGUCUAUAAACGAUUAAUUAAUUUAUUUAUUUAUUUAUGAAAAGCAGCUUUCUGCUUACUUUUAUUCUGAAAGACGCCAAUCGCGGGAGCGUCGCAGUUAUUAUGCGUCAGUGAUUGUCACAUGACACCAGCUGCUUCCUCGUUCUCCUCUGUUUCUCCAGCAGGAUCAAAAUCUGCUCUGCCAGCCUCAUCCUGAUCAUCAGAGUUCGUACAGCAGCACACACUCAGACAGCAGAGAUGCUCGCCCUCAUUAACCGGCUGCUGGACUGGUUCCGGUCGCUCUUCUGGAAAGAGGAGAUGGAGUUGACCCUAGUAGGGCUUCAGUACUCUGGAAAAACAACUUUUGUCAACGUCAUUGCUUCUGGUCAGUUCAAUGAAGACAUGAUCCCUACAGUCGGCUUCAACAUGAGGAAAGUUACAAAAGGCAAUGUAACCAUAAAAAUUUGGGAUAUAGGCGGGCAACCACGUUUCAGGAGUAUGUGGGAAAGAUACUGCCGAGGAGUCAAUGCCAUAGUGUAUAUGGUGGACGCUGCAGAUCGCGAGAAGGUCGAGGCCUCAAGAAAUGAGCUACACAACUUGUUAGACAAACCACAGCUGCAAGGCAUUCCUGUACUUGUCCUUGGCAACAAAAGAGAUCUCCCCAGUGCUCUAGAUGAGAAACAACUCAUUGAAAAGAUGAAUCUGUCAGCCAUUCAAGACAGAGAGAUUUGUUGCUACUCAAUUUCAUGCAAAGAGAAAGACAAUAUUGAUAUCACAUUGCAGUGGCUGAUCCAGCAUUCAAAAUCUCGGAGGAGUUGAGAGCAGACCCCAUUUCAUCCAACAGUCCAGUCCUGCCCUUGUUCCAGCACCACCCAGCACAGACCAGCUCAGACCAGUGCUCUUUAGACCAGCCCUUCAUGGCUGUCUCAUUGAUGCAGUCCCUCUCAGCCGCAUCUGUCUGUCCAGUAGCUUCCCGUCUCAUUCAUUCUAUCUAUUACACACACAGACUAAAGUAUAGCAUCAUCACUCACUGGUGGGCCUCAGACUUUCCUUACCAUGAUUUGCUACCUGUUUUGUUGGCUGGAUUUUUUUUUUUUUUUUUACCCCCAUAUUAACCAUUACCCACCUCAGAGCUAAACCUUGACCCACCAGAACUUCUCCUUUGACCUUUUGACUAUAGACACAAAAAUAUGGUUUUGAUCCCUUUUGGAGUUACCACAUGGCUUUCUCUCCUUGUGAAAGAGGUUUUGAGGUCUGUGCUAGUUAUUGGAGAUAUAUUGUUCUUGUUCUUAGCCCAUUUUCUUAUAUGUGUGUGUGUGUUACAUACAGUACUGUGCAAAAGUUUUAGGCACUUGUGAAAAAUGUUGCAUAGUGAGGUUGUCUUAAAAAAUAAUGACAUAUAUAGUUUUCAUUUAUCACUUAAUGUCAUACAAAGUCCAGUAAACCUAAAAAAAGCUAAAUCAAUAUUUGGUGUGACCACAUUUGCCUUUAAAACAGCACCAAUUCUCCUAGGUACACCUGGACUCAAGAAAACAUGAGUGAGCAGGCAAAACACAUUUCUUUUAUUUCUUAUGGGAUUCAUGUUCAACUGUAGGUUAUAACAGAAUGGCACAAUCAUAAAACAAAAUAUGGCAACAAAGAAAAAAUUGAAAUGACCCCUGUUCAAAAAUCUGCAUUCCCUUAGUUCAUAAUAAUGUGUAUUGCCCACUUUAGCAUCAAUGACAGCGUGCAGUCUUUUGUAAUAGUUGUCUAUGAGGCCCCAAAUUCUUGCAGGUGGUAUAGCUGCCCAUUCGUCUUGGCAAAAUGCCUCCAGGUCAUGCAAAAUCUUUGGUCGUCUUACAUUAACAGCAAGUUUGAGAUCUCCCCAGAGUGGCUCAAUGAUAUUAAGGUCAGGAGACUGUGAUGGCCACUCCAGAACCUUCAUCUUUUUCUGCUGUAACCACUGGAGGGUCAACUUGGCCUUGUGCUUAGGGUCAUUGUCGUGCUAGAAAGUCCAAGAGCGUCCCAUGCGCAGCUUUCGUGCAGAAGAAUGCAAAUUGUCUGCCAGUAUUUUCUGAUAACAUGCUGCAUUCAUCUUGCCAUCAAUUUUCACAAGAUUCCCCGUGCCUUUAGGGCUCACACACCCCCAAAACAUCAGUGAGCCACCACCAUGCUUCACAGUGCAGAUGGUAUUCUUUUCACUAUAGGCCUUGUUGACCCCCUCUCCAAACAUAGCGCUUAUGGUUGUGACCAUAAAGCUCUAUUUUGGUCUCGUCAAUCCAAAUUACAGUGUGCCAGAAGCUGUGAGGGGUGUCAAGGUGUUGUCGGGCAUAUUGAAACUGGGCUUUUUUGUGGCAUUGGCGCAGUAAAGGCUUCUUUCUGGCAACUCGACCAUGCAGCUCAUUUUUGUUCAAGUAUCGUUGCAUUGUGCUCCUUGAAAAAACCACACUGUCUUUUUCCAGAGCAGCCUGUAUUUCUCCCUGUGGGUUUUUCUUUAUAUCCCGAACAAUUCUUCUGGCAGUUGUGGCUGAAAUCUUUCUUGGUCUGCCUGACCUUGGCUUGGUAUCAAGAGAUCCCCGAAUUUUCCACUUCUUAAUAAGUGAUUGAACAGUACUGACUGGCAUUUUCAAGGCUUUGGAUAUCUUUUUAUACCCUUUUCCAUCUUUAAAAAGUUCCAUUACCUUGUUACGCAGGUCUUUUGACAGUUCUUUUCUGCUCCCCAUGGCUCAGUAUCUAGCCUGCUCAGUGCAUCCACGUGAGAGCUAACAGUCUCAUUGACUAUUUAUACACAUACACUAAUUGCAAUUUAAAAAGCCACAGGUGUGGGAAAUUAACCUUUAAUUGCCAUUUAAACCUGUGUGUGUCACCUUGUGUGUCUGUAACAAGGCCAAACAUUCAAAGGUAUGUAAACUUUUGAUCAGGGCCAUUUGGGUGAUUUCUAUAAUAAAUGGCUUCAUAUGAUCACUAUCCCUAAAUAAAAGACUUUCAAAAUCAAUGCCAAAAUUUCACAAUUUCUGCCAGGGUAUGCAAACUUUUGAACACAACUGUGUGUAAUAUAUAUAUAGAUAUAAAUUUAUUUAUGGGUUACUUUCCUGAAAGCAAAUUCAAAGGGUGUUGAGUGAAAAAUUGAAUAGUUAGUAUUCUGCAUCUAGAGCUUAUAUAAAAAUUUUAAAUAUACUGUAUGUUCAACUGAUAUUUUGGUAACACUGUACUCUAAGGUUCCAUUCAUUAUCAAUAGUUAAUGCAUUAGGUAUCAUGAACUAACAUUUAAACUAAUAUUAUCAAAUGGAGCCUUAUUGUAAAGUGUUACUGAUAUUUUCUUUAAUCUCUGCAAAAGUGUGUAAUUUCAUUUGAGCAGCCAGUUUUGGGUCUGACAAAACGCGAGUUUGGUUGGUACUACCUGUUUGUCCAAACAAUGAGAGGCAGGGGAGUAAAAAUUGUUUGAAAACAGUAAUUAUUUUUUCAAUUCUGUUUGGUGCUGUUGGUGGCACAGAAAGUACACAUUUCACCUUUAAGUCGUAUUACAAUAACAAAGCUAGCUUGUUAAAGUUUGUGAUCUAAAGUUCAUUGAUCCCACCCUUGGUUUAAAAAUGUCUUAAUUUUGAAAAGUGUGUCCUCUAUUGGGAUUCUCGGCCAUCUCCUGGUGGUGGGGAACUGUGGCGUUUGCAAAUUCUAAAAGUUAAGUGCCUUUUCAAAUACUCACACUUUUAAAUCAAACCCAGGUUUCCAACACCCCAAAGUUACGACAGAUGGCUGUUGGCCAUCCACUUACUGUUGGUGCCAUUUAAUACUAAGUUAAAGUUAAAGGAAUAUUCUGGGUUCAAUACAAGUCAAGCUUAAUUGACAGCAUUUGUGGCAUAAUAUUGAUUACCACAAAAAUAAUUUGGACUUGUCUCUCCUUCUCUUUAAAAAAAGCAAAAUUCUGGGUUCCAGUGAGACAAUGGAAGUGAAUGGGGCCAAUCUGUAAUACGUAAACUGUUUCAAAGGUAUAGCCACAAGAUAUAAGCAAUAUGUGUUAACAUGAUUUUAGUGUGAUAACAUUGCUUUUUUCAUCAAUCAAUUUUACAACUUCGUUGCCAUGUUGAUGUAAUGUCAACAAACCCUAAAACUACUAUAAAAAUUAUGAUUUAAACAACUUUACAGCUCAAAUAAUGCAUAAGUAUUAAGGAAAGUGCUUUUAUAAAAUUGUAAGCUUCACAUUUCUGCCUCUAAACCCUCGAAAUAUUGGCCCCAUUCACUUUUUUUUCUUCUUUUUUUAAAGAAACUUUAAAAGGGACUUGUCAAAAUAAUUUUUUGUGGUAAUCAUCAUUAUGCCACAAAUGCUGUCAAUUGAGCUUAAUUUAUAUUGAA